GGAAAUUGUCUUGGAAUAAUUAUUAGUGUCGCUUGCAUAUUGAAUUUUUAAACAAAUUUAUAACAUUUAGACACAAUAACGUUUUCGUACAAUUUUUAAAUUUCGUGCGCUAUCGUAUAUUAUGUGUCAACCAAAUUUCUUACAUAGAAAACACAACUGGAAUGACGUUUUAAUUACAAGACAAACACGACAAGGGCCAAAUAAUUUUGUUUGCAGGCCGAAGAAUGAACAAGCUAUCGUAGUCUUUCAGAGGCAUAGGCAGCUACUAUGUCGUAUACCACCCGUGUGAUCCAGGCGCGAACAAUAUACUUAGAUUAUUAUGGGAUAUCCUUUAGCAUUAAUAAUAAUUCGACUGUUGUCAUUGGUAGCUUUGACAAUUAUGUUGUUGGUGCAAGUGAAUUACGUUCGCGUAUUCCGGUUCGAGGUCACCAUGAGUGAAGGACUCAUAGUUACCUACGUCAUCAGCCAUGUGGGGCUCGCGUUUGCCGUUACCAGUAUAAAGUGUGAAGCGUUUAUAUUUCAGGUAUAUCUGGUGGUGCUCGGCUUUAUUCUGUUCGGGAUAAACGCUACAGUGUUGUGGUGGAAGUGGUUCAAAGUGGACCAGAAGAUGCAAGCUGUCAUCGAGUUGCUGCUAGCUUUGGAAUUGGACGUCAGGUUUCAGAUAUUGGUAAAGAUUACUCUAAAUAUAAUUUUAGUAGUUUUAAUGAUAGUGGACUUCCUUUUAACGCCGCUGCUGUUAAAACAUGACAAAAAAGAGCACUAUCGAUCGAUCAACGAUUUUCUGAAUACAAGCAAUACCGUUCUACGCGUCAGCGAAUUCUCACGUUUAAACGAUUCUUCGGGGCAUUUUAGCGAUUUUACUAUGAUCGUAGACAAUGUAUCAUAAGUCAUCGCAGAUUCCAAUUUCCUGUCAUGCGUCGGUUCCACUCCGUUACAUGGAAUCUAAAUAAAACCUUCAUGGGAAAUACGUCUGGAUAUAUCAACGCUCAUAUCGAUUUUAACUUGUUUGUCAGGUGAUGGGAUAUUUUGGCACCUGGAGAGUUUUAUUCUUAUUGAAGCAUAUGAUUUGAAAGAGUUUUGCUUCAUUGUAUAUUAGUACAAAAUAUGUUUGAAUGGAAAGUCAUCUAUAUAGCAUGACAAAUAGACCGUCAUCGGCCGAAUGUCCGGAACUUAUUCGGUACCUACCAUUCCGAAUUCGGAAAUGUUCCGUGCGAUUCGUGUUACGGCUUUCGGCGGGCGAAAGCGCGCUUGAUCGAAUCUCACGGCAUAAGAUGAGUCUACUUUGUAGUUGCGGCUUGGAAUAUGCUUCGAUGCUUUGCUCUUUUUACAUUAUCGACUAUGAUAAACGGCAAUUUAGCAACUCUAGCGAGAUAGUAGCCCCUUCAUGCAACGUAAUUAUUUUUUGGUUAUAUUCCCUUCUAUGCCGAACAUUAAAUUUUUC